UCAAUGUUUACAACAAAUCAGAUCUCAAAGUUCAACAAAAACCGGAUGUGAUCUCGCUUCGCGCAGAAAAAUUGUGGUGAAGCUGACUCUUCUUUCCCACCUUUACAAUGCACGAAUUGAAAUAUAUUUCUUAAUGCGACGUGAUGGAUUCCUUUGAUUCGAGUGUUAAGAAGCACAAGAAACACAAGAAAGACAAGGAUAGAUCUGCUACUGCUGGGGACAAGUUGUCGGCGGAUGGUUACGGAGGAAGUCCAUUAGGAUUAAGCCCGGGUAUCAAGUUAAUUUUAAAAGUGGGUGGAUCAUCAACGCCGGAACAUAGUGAUUCUCCAGGCCCAGGAGGAGGAGGACCAAUGUCUUUAAGCGUAAUGAACCCUCAGUUCGACGUGGACGAUUCUCAACACUCUUCACUUUUCGCCCAACAUGUUCGGAAAUCUAAAAAGAGGGACAAGAAGAGGAAAAAGGAUAAGAAACAUAAACAUCACCACAAGGAUAAGAAGAGAGGGAAGGAGCUAAAGAGAGAAGAAGAUGGUGGUGAAACAUCGAUGGACAUGAGCUUCGUAAAAAUGGAGAGUGACCAAAGUAUGUCUAUUCAAAUGGAAGGAGAUGACGGAUCGUCUAUUCAAAGUCCACAACAACAAACGUCGAAAGAACACAAACACCAAAGCAAAACUCAAAAAUUCAUGGAUAAACAACCAUUUCAAAAAUUAUUAGAUUAUUUAUUAAAGACGUUGGAGAAAAAAGAUGAUCAACAAUUUUUUGCUUGGCCAGUUACAGAUAAAAUAGCACCUGGAUAUUCCUCCAUCAUUAAAAAACCAAUGGAUUUUAGUACCAUGAAAUUUAAAAUUGAAAAUGAAACGUACAUCUCAUUAUCCGAAUUAACGGAAGAUUUCAAGUUAAUGUGCAACAACGCAAUGACUUAUAAUCAACCAGACACGAUUUAUUACAAGGCAGCCAAAAGGUUACUUCAGGGAGGCUUGAAAAUGUUGGCACCCGAAAAAAUUAAAUCAUUAUUACCGUUGAUUCCAUCUAUACGAUUCUUAACUGAGGAACACCUUGGAUCUCCAUUAUUUGGUGGAUCAGGUGCAAAUGAAUCUGGCGACGUCAGUAACUCUGAUGAGGAUACAUUAGAUCUGGUUUGUUUGGAUCCUACAAAAAGUGUUCACUACGUCCCUCCACAUCCCAAUGAUCCACCUGACAUAUGUGGAGCGUUCACGGAUGAUUUAACAACGGAGGAAGUUUUGUUACAAGCAAGGCUUGCUGCAAGGGAAGCCGCUCAUCGAUUGUCUACAAAGAAACCUAAUUCUAAGAUGGGAUUUUGCAGACAGAAACCGGAUGGUAGUACUUCUCUAGCGAUAUUAACGCCAUGCAGUGGGGUAUUACCAGGGACUAAAGAGAUGCCAAUUAGCUUGGGUGCAUUGUCAGGAAAACUAACUCAUGGCACGACUCAAGUCCAUUCCUUCAAGGAAGACAAGAGGAGUUUGCAACGAUCAACAAAAACACUAGGAUAUGGAUCAUUUAGUUCGUUUGCUCCGACACAUGACUCUACAUUUGCAAAUUUAAAUCCAGAAGAAACUGAAGUUAUUGGGUCAACUUAUGGAGAGGAGACUGCUGUCCAAUAUGCUGAGAGUAUGAUAGAAUUUGCGAAAGGAUGUGACUACGCGAUGCACAUGGUUGAUGAAAUAUUGGACACGAUAACAAAAGGUGAACAUCGAAAAACUGUGAAUUUGAUUGAAGAAAGGAAGCGAAUAGAAAACGAAGAGAUUCGUCUAAAAAUUCAGCAAGAUGAAUUAACAUCACAAUUAGAAAUGGAAUGGCAAACUCAAACUACUCCAACUAUAAGUUUGGAAUCCCUACAAACACUUGGAGAUAUUGGCAUUGACACAAAAUUCUUGGAUGAUUUCAAUCCGCAGCAGAGUGCCGCGAAUGCAAUGAAAUUGCAAGAAACGGCCGAAUUGAUUGGAGACUUACAAAAAGUUCAAAAUGAAAGAUUAAGUCAACCACCAAUUCCGUAUCCACCAUACGCUCCUCAAGCUACAGAGAUGGAAUUGAGCUUGGCUUCGAAAAUUACGGAUAAUUUGACUGAGAUGGCGAAGCAAAUGACACCAGGAGAUUUGGUAUCACCAGAAGCUAUAAGAAAAGUUAUGGGGAUAGAUAUAAAUUCUGCAACGUAUAUCCCAGUCACGACGUCUAAUUAAAUUGGGGGAGGGAUCAUUAUAUUUUGGAUCCAUUUUUAACUAGCAUUGACUAAGUGAAGUUGACAUUUAUAAUGACUAAUACUUUUAUUAUUAUUGUUUUAAGGUAAUUUAGUAAUAAUAAUUUUCUAUUCUAUGCAGCACUUGCAGCAUAUUCUAAAAGCAGUAUGUAUUACAUAAUAUAUAAAUAAAAAUUAUUUGAUUUCAUACUGUUAAUAAACGUGUAAGGUCGAUUGUGUUGAAGUUUUUGUCACUUUUAGGUAAAAUAACUUAAAUAAAAUUUAAAUUAUGUAUGUACACAGAGAAUUGGUACAAUUUAUUAAAAUAAAUUAGAGUUUGGCUUAUUUUGUAGA